AUGCCUGGUCAAAUGGAGUUCAAGAAAAAAGACGAAGAAGUGCUUUCAGAUGGAGAUAUUUGGGCUGAUAGUGAUGAAGAUGAUUACAAACCAACAAUAGAUGAAGAUGAAUAUUAUGGUGUGAAACAUGAUGGUGUGGAAGAUUCAGAAACUGCUGCAUUGAGAAGACAACAUGCUAAAAAGGGAUAUUUGGAUGGUCUUUCGACUUCUAAGGAGGAUAGUUUACAAGAAGGAUUUGAUAAAGGGUAUCCAAUGGGUGCAGAAAUUGGAAUCUUUGUUGGUAAAAUGAUUGGUCAAUUACAAAUUAUAAAAGCUUUAGAAAAUAUUGAUGAUGAUAUAAAGAAGCGUGCGAAUGUAUUACUAGUCGAAGCUAGAAAUGAGUUAACAAUUCAAAAAGUUUUGAAUAGAAAAUAUUUCGAUGAUGAUUUGAAUUUACCUAAUGAGAUACAUACUUUACUACAAAGAUGGAAAUCUCAAUGUGAUGAUCUAUUUGAUGACAUAAAAGCAUAG